AGUCCUAAGCUCAGAGCUCUGCCGCAUCACACGCCUCAUUCUCUGCGCCACCGCCGGCAGCCACACACUCAGGACGCCACCGCAGAACCUCAGGGUGUAGGUGACGCAAUCACACGAACUGACACCGUCACGACGCCACCGCUUACUGCCGCUCACAUAUGAGUAGCACUAGACAGCGUACCCUUGGGGGUGGGAGUCAUCAUGUAUUGGACUAUCUGAAGCGCAUGCAGGCAGAGAUUCCUGCUUUCUUUUAUGCAGUUCAGGGUGACAAUGAUCACUCGGGCGGAAAUAUAUUUUGGGUUGAUACAACAUCUAGAAUGAACUACUCUUAUUUUGGGGAUGCUGUUAUAUUGGACACAACCUAUAGGGCUAACCGGUACCGGGUACCAUUUGCUGCUUUUACUGGUUUUAAUCAUCAUGGGCAACCUGUGUUAUUUGGUUGUGCGUUGAUUCUCAAUGAAUCUGAGUCCUCAUUUAUAUGGCUAUUCAGGACUUGGCUCCAUGCCAUGUCUGAACGCCACCCUGUCUCCAUUACAACAGACUUGGACCCAUUCAUACAAGUUGCUGUUGCCCAAGUUCUCCCUCCAACUCGCCAUCGGUUCUGUAAAUUGGGCAUAGUUAGAGAAACCCGAGGCAAACUGGCUCAUUUAUGUCAAUCACAUCCUGCUUUUGAAAAUGAAUUCAGGAAAUGUGUUCAUGAAAGUGAGACCAUUGAUGAGUUUGAGUCUUAUUGGCACUCACUCUUGGAAAGAUACUACGCCGUGGAUAAUGAAUGGCUUCAGUCAAUGUACAAUGCACGACGACAUUGGGUCCCUGUCUACUUGCGGGAUACUUUCUUUGGGGAGAUAUCUUUUAAUGAGGGAAAUGAAUGUUUAAAUUUUUUCUUUGAUGGAUAUGUAAAUGCAUCUACAACUCUACAGGUAUUGGUGAGACAAUAUGAGAAAGCUGUAUCAACUUGGCAUGAAAGGGAAUUAAAAGCAGAUUAUGACACAACUAAUAGCAGCCCAGUUUUAAAAACACCAUCUCCUAUGGAAAAACAAGCUGCAAGUCUUUACACGAGAAAGAUAUUCAUGAAAUUCCAAGAGGAGUUAGUAGAGACUCUUGCAAAUCCUGCUACAAAAAUUGAUGAUUCAGGAACUAUCACUACUUAUCGAGUUGCCAAAUUUGGAGAAAACCAAAAAUCUCACAUUGUCACUUUUAAUUCUUUUGAGAUGAAAGCUAGUUGCAGCUGUCAGAUGUUUGAAUAUUCAGGUAUCAUUUGUAGGCAUAUUUUGGCAGUCUUCAGAGCUAAAAAUGUUCUCACACUUCCAUCUCAGUAUGUGUUGAAACGCUGGACAAGGAAUGCAAAAGUUGGUGCAUUGUUAGAUGAACAUGCAUCUGAAUCGCCAAGCAGUUCACGUGAGUCUGUAACGGCUCGUUAUAACAAUCUGCGUCAAGAAGCAAUCAAGUAUGUAGAAGAAGGUGCAAAAUCAAUCCAAAUUUAUCAUGUUGCAAUGAAAGCUUUGCAAGAUGCUGCUAAGAAGGUUUCUGCCAUAAAAAAUCAGAGUACUGGAACAGCUGAGGCAGUAGCCAAUGGAGGCAGAAGUGAAUUGCUUGCAGCAGAUGAAGAUGUUCCAAGCUUUCAAUCUGUGGAGGAAAAGCAAAAGAAAAUCCGAGAGUUGACUGCAGAGUUAGAGAUUACAAAUCAACGAUGUGAAGUUUAUAGGUCAAACUUGCUGGCUGUGCUAAGGGAUAUGGAAGAACAGAAGUUAAAGUUAUCAGUGAAGGUCCAAAAUGCAAGACUUAGUUUGAAAGAGUGACUGCAUUGACUGCGAAGGGUUUAAGGUAUGCUUAUAGCAAGUUGGAGAUGAAAAUUAAGGAUCUUCAUCCUGAUAUUUUUUAAAAUAUAUUGGUUUUCUUCUCUUUCUUAAAUUACAAUAUAUUCUUUUCUGUAUAUGCUUUACAUGAUCUUUAUUGAUGCGGGAUGUGUAUAUAAUGUCAUGUUGUUUGGUGAAGUAUUAAUUUGUCAAUAAGUUGUAACAUUCACCAUGUGUA